AUGGGGUCUUCUACACCGAAUGUUACUUGUUUUAGAUACGGACACCUGGGACAUUACAAGUCCCAAUGCACUCAGACACAGGUAGCUCAGAUGAUUUGUUUCAAGUGUAGGCAGCCAGGGUAUCAAAAGUCUCAGUGUACUCAGAUUCAGGUGGCAUCUGGUGGAUGUUUCGGGUAUGGCCAGCAGGGCCAUAGGGUGAAAGAUUGUCCACAGCGGGGCAAUGGUUUGGGCAGAGGUGGAGGUUCACAGCAGAGGCAGAUGCAGUCUGCCACAGUUCAGUCAAGGUUUCGACCACUACCACCACCUCAGCCGUCUCGGCCAGCUAUGUCAGCCCAGAAUUCUCGACCUGGUAGAGGAGCUUCUUCGAGUGCACUCAUUCAGUAG